AUCAUUUUGCUUCCUCAUUAUGUAGAGCUCAUGUGACAAGUUCUAAUUAUUUAAAAGUGAAUUCUGCAAAUCUCUUGUUACUCUGAAGUCUCUGGUGUUAGCCCAUGAUAUUCCAGGAUUCCAAGAGUUCACCUGCUAACCUCUUGAGAAUGAAGGUGGUCAUCUGGAUGUUUCUGGCCUGUGCUUCUACGACGGCAUACCUCCGUCACGAUCCAAUGCUGGACAAUCACUGGGAGUUAUGGAAGAAAACUUAUGGCAAGCAAUAUGAGGAACAGAAUCAAGAAGUAACAAGGCGACUCAUCUGGGAAAAGAAUCUAAAAUUUGUGACGCUGCAUAACCUGGAGCACUCGAUGGGACUGCAUUCCUAUGAUCUAAGCAUGAACCAUCUCAGUGACAUGACCAGUGAAGAAGUGGCUUCUUUGAUGAGUUCUCUGAGAAUUCCUAAUCAGUGGAGCAGGAAUACUACCUACAGACUAAACUCCAAUCAAAAGUUGCCAGAUUCGGUGGACUGGAGGGACAAGGGAUGUGUUACUGAAGUGAAAUAUCAGGGCACUUGUGGCUCCUGCUGGGCUUUCAGUGCUGUGGGAGCCCUGGAAGCACAGCUUAAGCUGAAAACAGGAAAGCUGGUGUCUCUCAGUGCACAGAACUUGGUGGACUGUUCAACUAAUGAGAAAUAUGAAAAUCAUGGUUGCAAUGGUGGCUGCAUGACUGAGGCAUUUCAAUAUAUCAUUGAUAACAAUGGCAUUGAUUCAGAUGCUUCCUAUCCUUACAAAGCUAAGGAUGGAAAAUGCCAGUACAACCCAGCUAACCGAGCUGCCACAUGUUCAAGGUACACGGAGCUUCCCUAUGGAAGUGAAGAUGCCCUGAAGGAAGCCGUGGCCAACAAAGGACCCGUGUCCGUUGGAAUUGAUGCUUCUCUCCCUUCUUUCUUCCUGUAUAAAAGUGGUGUCUAUUAUGAUCCAUCCUGCACUCAGAAUGUGAAUCAUGGUGUGCUGGUCACUGGCUAUGGUAACUUAGAUGGAAAAGACUACUGGCUUGUUAAAAACAGCUGGGGCCUCAGCUUUGGUGACAAAGGAUAUAUUCGGAUAGCAAGAAACAGAGGAAAUCAUUGUGGGAUAGCUAAUUUUCCUUCUUACCCAGAAAUCUAGAAGAUCUCUUCAUUUCACUUUUGAUCAAUUAAGAAAGAUGGAUGAUACUUUGUUCUGAAUUUAAUUUUGCUUCUACUAGCCAGUAGAAAUAGCCAGAAAUAUAUGUUGAAUAAACUUAAAAAUAGUAAAAGCUUCAUUUAGGCUCCUUCAAUUCAUAAUUCUAACAUGGUUGGAUUGAAUCGUAAUCUUUGCACAUUUAUAGAAUAUGAGGCUUGCUAAACAAUUUAACAUUGCUUUUACAAUUACAGAAAAAUGCUUGACUAUUUUAAAAAUUGUUGUAUCUUCAAGUAUCCCAUUUUUAUAAUAUAAUUUUGUGAACUCCCCCCCCCCAGAGCCUUUUAAGAUUAUUGAAGAAUAAGUCCUAAAUGUCUAUUAUCGUCGCAUAACAUUCAUUUCUUAUCCUCAGAUGUCUGUACAACCCAUCUAGUACUUAGAAUAUAAAUCACAAUGUAAUGCAAGUAAGUAGUUAUAGUAAUUUUGAUGGAAAAGACUUUGGUUCCUUUGUAUAUAUUUUGUUUUCAUUUUAAACUCCUUGAGGACAGGAAGCUUGUGUUUUCCAUGUUUGUAUUCCCUUACAAAGACUAACACGGUAUCUUUUCACACACUCAGUGUUUGCUGUAUGAAUGUUGAAAUAAAAAAUAAAACAAAACAAUUAAGAA